AUGCCCUUCCCCAACAGCUCUGACCUCAGCACAUCCUCCUUCAUCCUGGCCAGCAUCCCGGGGCUGGAGGCUGCUCAUUUCUGGAUGGCGAUCUUCCUGUGUUCCAUGUACAUUUUGGCGGUCACAGGCAACUGCAUGGUGCUGAUCAUUGUGAAGACGGAGCCCAGCCUGCACGCUCCCAUGUACUUCUUCCUCUGCAUGCUGGCUGCCAUUGACCUGGCCUUGUCCACAUCCACGGUGCCACGCGUCCUCUCCUUCUACUGGUUCAACACCAGGGAGAUCAGCUUUGGUGCCUGCCUUGUCCAGAUGUUCCUCAUCCACACCCUCUCGGCCAUUGAGUCCACUGUCCUCCUGGCCAUGGCCAUGGACCGGUAUGUGGCCAUCUGCCACCCGCUAAGACACGCUGCCAUCCUCACCAACGCUGCAACAGCGAAAAUAGGACUGGUAGCCAUGGCCAGGGGAGUCCUCUUCUUCCUGCCUUUGCCUUUGCUCCUCCUGCCCCUUCCCUUCUGCAGGUCCCGGAGGCUGUCACACUCCUUCUGCCUGCAUCAGGACGUGAUGAACCUGGCCUGUGCCAACACCACCCCCAGCAUGGUGUAUGGCCUCACUGCCAUCCUCCUGGUCAUGGGGCUGGAUGCCAUCCUCAUCUGUCUCUCCUACAUCCUGAUCCUCAAGUCUGUCUUGCGGCUGGCAUCAUGGAAGGAGAGGCUCAAGGUGUUCAGCACCUGUGUUGCCCAUAUCUGUGUGGUCCUGGCCUUCUACGUGCCCCUGAUUGGGCUCUCCGUGGUGCACAGGUUUGGGAAAGACUUGCCUCCACUGGUUCCUAUCAUCAUGGGCAACAUUUACAUCCUGGUGCCCGCUGUGCUCAACCCCAUCAUCUACGGGGCGAGGACCAAACAGAUACAGAGGAGAAUCCUGAAUUUAAUUCACAUUUACAACGACAGGACUGCCCACUGA